AUGUUUGUUGCAUGUCCUCAUAUUGGUUUGCAGUGGGUUGCGCUUUUAUUGGCUUUGAUCAUGAGUUUCACAGUCCUAACAACAUAUCUUAUUUCCAUCCAUAGAGGACAUGUAAAUGCAGAAUUGCCAUUUAUCAGCUCUACAGGUGCUUAUCCACCAGAAAGUUGUAUAUUUGGUGAGGGAUUAAACUUAGCUGCUUUUAUCAGUUUGAUAUGCUCCUUUUUCUGGUAUUUAAUCGCAUUGGAGAGAACAAAAUUUAUGGGCAUACAUCAACCAAAAUGUGUUCUUAAAUUUAUGCUUUUAUUGUCUCUAGUUGCUUCAGUUGGUUUAACAUUGGUUGGGAAUUUUCAACAAGUUAACGUUGAAUUAAUACAUGAUAUUGGUGCUGGGAUGGCUUUUUUCGGAACUACGAUUUAUAUCAUUUUGUGUGCUUUAGUUAGCAAGCGAUACCUUGGAACACAUUGGUGUAUAUGGGCUUUUAGACUUCUCUUAGGAAUUAUGGCAGGAAUAACAUCAAGUUUUUUUUCGAUAUGUCAUACAAUUUCCAGGAUAAAUUUCAACGGUACACAAGAAGAAUCUUUGACUUAUCGGCAUCCUGGUCAAGGUGGAUUUUCAUUUUAUCUAUGCAGUACAAGUUUUGAGUGGGCUGCAGGAUUUAUCAUCAUAGUGUUUUUUAUCACAUGGGCUUACGAAUUCAGAUCAUAUGCUUUACAAUUACCACAGAUUGUUAAAAAACACCCAUCUGAAUCUGAUAUAUACAGCCUCAAAAGUUGA